UUGGCGCGAGAUCUGCGCUCUGAUGUUUCCGGUAACCUGCGGAGAGUAGCUGGGCCGAAAUUCAUCGCACCCUCAUCAUCCUCCGGCUUCUCUACCGGGACUUUCCGUUCACCGGGACCCGCUGUAUUCGACACUUACUCCGGGAGCUCGUUACCCGAUAGAGACCGUGAGCGCUGACAGAGCCGUUAAAACUCCGCGCACACACAUAGACGGAUGCUAACAAGCUAACAGCAUCCUCUCGUGCGCCGGAGAAAUCUGAAAUAAUCUCUGCGUUUAAUACUUAAACAUCAUUUAUGGUCGUUUUAUAAAGUUAAUAUGGUUUUUGAUCGCUGUAAAAGUACACAAGUGGUGUUUUGCGCGUUGUAACAGAAGCUCAGGUUGUUUACAGGUGAUUUUACAGAUAAGUUAUAUCCAUCUAAUCACAUUAAAGUCAAUAUAUUAGUGAAUUAUAUUGAUAUUAACUAUAUGGAUCGAUUACAAUAGACUUUUCAGCUCUUUUUAUGUGACUUUAUAUCCAUAAAAUCACAAAGCCAAUAUCAGAUAGUUAUAAUAGUAAUAUAAAGUAUCUGACUCAAACAAAAUAGUCUGCUAUUAGUGUUUCAUAUGUGAUAUUAUAUCCAUAUAAUCACAUUAAAGCCCAAAUAAAAGUGAACUACAUUAUGAUAAAGUAUCUGGAUCAAUCACAAUAGACAUUUCUGCUGUUAGUGUUUCACAUUUGAUUUUAUAUCCAUAUAAUCACAUUAAAGUCCAUAUAGAAGUGAGAUAAUAUUAAGUAUCUGGAUAAAUCACAAUAGAUAUCUCUGCUAUUAGUGUUUCAUAUGUGAAAUUACAUCCAUAUAACCACAUCAAACUCAAUAUAAAAUUAUAAUUGUUUCUGACUACAUCAAGAUUAGACAUUUCUGCUUUUAGUGUUUCUUUUAUAUCCAUAUAAUCACAUUAAAGUCAUUAUCAGAGGGAAUAAUGUUAAUAUAAAGUAUCUGGCUCCAUCAGAAUAGACAUUUCUGCUAUUAACCUUUCAAAUGUGAUUAUUAUAUCAAUAUAGUCACAUAAAAGUCAAUAUAAAAGUGAAUUAUUUUAAUGUAAAGUAUCUGGAUUGUUCAGAAUAGACAUUUCUGCUAUUAGUCUUUUACAUGUCGUUGGUCCUAAUAAUGAGCAGAUCUGGAAAGUGAAUAGAUUAUGGAGUUUUGGACUUUUUCAUGAAUCAGACUGAUCUAAACUCUCGAUCAGCUCGAUGACCGGCUGUAAACUAGAGUCUCUGUUGAGUACAGCUCAGUCUGAGCUUAUCUGUUAAGAUUAAAACAUCAGCCAUGGCUCCCAAAAAGAGGCCAGAUCCUAUAGUUAUAACUGGAAGCGGAGAAGCACAGACGACCUCCACGCCCAUAGAUGCUGCAUCAGAAGCGAAUCUUGAAGCCCUGCAGAAGAAGCUGGAUGAGCUGGAUUUGGACGAGCAGCAGAAGAAGCGUCUGGAAGCUUUCCUCACGCAGAAAGCCAAUCUGGGAGAGCUGAAGGACGAUGAUUUCCAGCAUAUCUGUGAACUGGGAGCUGGAAACGGAGGAGUGGUGAAUAAAGUGUGCCACAAACCUUCAGGUCUCGUCAUGGCCCGGAAGUUAAUUCACCUGGAGAUCAAGCCGGCCAUCAGGCAUCAGAUCAUCAGAGAGCUGCAGGUCUUGCAUGAGUGUAAUUCACCAUACAUCGUGGGUUUUUACGGCGCAUUUUACAGCGAUGGCGAGAUUAGUAUCUGUAUGGAGAACAUGGACGGCGGAUCGUUGGAUCAGGUCCUGAAAGAGGCUCGCAGAAUCCCAGAGGAGAUUUUGGGAAAAGUCAGCAUAGCUGUUUUAAGAGGUCUUGCUUACCUUCGAGAAAAGCACCAGAUUAUUCACAGAGAUGUGAAACCCUCAAAUAUUCUGGUAAACUGUCGCGGGGAGAUCAAGCUGUGUGACUUCGGUGUGAGCGGGCAGCUGAUCGACUCCAUGGCCAACUCUUUUGUAGGAACACGCUCAUACAUGUCGCCGGAGCGGUUGCAGGGCACUCAUUACUCGGUUCAGUCAGACGUGUGGAGUAUGGGUCUCUCUCUGGUGGAGCUCGCCAUCGGCCGAUACCCUAUUCCUCCACCUGACGCCAAGGAGCUGGAGGGCAUCUUCGGCAGGGCACUGAUGGAUGUUGGAGAUUCAGAAACACACAGCACGUCUCCUCGACCCAGACCACCUGGCAGACCCAUCAGCGGUCAUGGGCCGGUCAUGGCUAUAUUUGAGCUGCUGGAUUAUAUAGUCAAUGAGCCUCCUCCUAAACUGCCUCACGGCGUCUUCACUCCUGAUUUCCAGGACUUUGUGACCAACUGUCUUAUUAAAAACCCUGCAGACAGAGCGGACCUGAAGAUGCUGAUGAAUCACACAUUUAUCAAACGCGCCGAAGUGGAGGAGAUGGACUUUGCUGGAUGGUUGUGUAAAACAAUGGGUCUCAAUCAGCCCAGCACACCCACACAAACAACUGAAUGACACACACACACACACACACACACACACAUAUAUAUAUAUAUAUAUAUAUAUAUAUAUAUAUAUAUAUAUAUAUAUAUAUAUAUAUAUAUAUAUAUGAACAUUUGAAUGACACAUACAUAUGAACAGCUGAAUGACACACACACAUACAUAUGACCAACUGAACGACUAACACACACACACACACACACACACACACACCUGAGCGUCACGUUUCCCCUGCAGAACACAAAUGUUUACAGCUGAUCUGAUGGAGCACAUGCAGAGCUGCUUAUUUUACACUUCUGCCACUCCACACACACACACACACACAUGGGUGAAUAUCAUGAAAUGCACUCAUAUGUCAUGAGUGUGUUUUCUAUCAUGAUGCUUUAGGAUAUUUGUCUCAUUGUAAUGAGGAGAAACAAUCAAUUAGUCAUUGUUGUACUGCUUUAAUUAAUAAUUGUCAUUUUUAUAGUCUUAUUUUAGUACCACAAUUACAGUAAUAUUUGUACUGUGAUGCAUAAAACUAGCGCUGCAAAAAAUGUACCGAGACAAAUGAAUCAAUAAAGUGUAAAAGAAUUGGGCUCAUCAAAGUGUAGUUAUGCAAACACACCCUGCUCCUAAAAUGGACUUGCUUUAUGAAGCUAAUUAUCCUUCAUUUUCUCUCAUGAGCUUCAGUUAUGCAUUAAUAACUGCAGAAAUAUAUCAGAUUCACCCAUGUGCACAUCCAGACACACUUCAGUUCUUCAUUUGGAAAUAAAAAGUGCAUUUCUGACUCGGUGUUUCCAGUAUAAACAUCUAAACUUUAUUAAGUCAACAAGCAUUUAUGUGAGAAGCAAAAUGAGUGACGAUGAUUAAAAAAGAAGACAAAUUAAGUGAUUUUUAUGCUUUAAAUGAGAAAUAAAUCUGUCAGUGGUGUCAAAAAUA